CCCCGCUACCAGUACCCAACGAGAACGACAACAGCACCACCGACUUAAGCUGCAAACUUCUUGCAGUGGCGUCGCCGCCUAGAUUUGCUUUCUUGCUUGGACAAGUUAAGAGAGAGGGGAGAAAAAGUCCUGCACAACAAUAUAAGUAAAGCUGACUAAGAAGAUGCUAAUGUUUGACCCUGUCCCCAUCAAACAAGAAGCAAUGGAACCAGUUCCAGUGUCGUUCAGCUCCAGUUACAUGGACCAAAUGAACCACAACAAAUACAGUGUCAUUUAUUCGACGCCGAACAUGGUGCCCAGUAAAAUCUACCAGAUUUCGGAAGGGUUUUGUAACGGAGUGCAAGUUGAGCCUGUCGACCUCACAGUGAAGCGGAGCUCGCCUCCUUCAUCGGGAAGUUCUCCUUCUCCUUCGCCCCUGAAAUUCCAGCCCAGGAGAGGCUCGCCUGGAUUAAAUCUGCCCUCACCCAGCCCGCCAAUGAAGAAACUGCAGCCUUUCACGAUGCCAUUAACUAUUCCUCCAGUAAUGGCAGCUCUUUCUCGCCAUGUUCGAAGCCCUGGGAUGCUUCCAGUUAUACAGCCCGUCGUCGUGCAGCCUGUCCCUUUUAUGUAUGCGCCUCCCCUUCAGCAUCCUAUUAUGGUGUCCACGGUCCUUUCAGAAGAGUUGGAAAAUCCAAGUAGCAUGCCAGUGUCUGUUAUAGAAUCUUAUGAGAAGCAAGCACUAAGGAAAUCUAUUAAGGUGGAACCAGGCAUGGAAUCUCCUAGGAAUGACUACUAUCCUGAACAAAUGUCCCCUCCGCUGAUGACCUCAUUGUCGCCUCCUCAAGCAAUGCUUCAAGAGAAUCACCCUUCAGUUAUCGUUCAGCCUGGUAAGAGGCCUUUACCUGUGGAAUCUCCCGACACGCAAAGGAAGCGCAGAAUACACCGAUGUGACUACGAAGGCUGCAACAAGGUUUACACUAAAAGCUCCCACCUGAAAGCUCACAGAAGAACACAUACAGGUGAAAAGCCUUACAAAUGUACUUGGGAAGGUUGCACAUGGAAGUUUGCUCGAUCUGAUGAACUAACACGGCAUUUCCGGAAGCAUACAGGAGUCAAACCUUUCCAGUGCCCAGACUGCGACCGUAGCUUUUCCCGCUCCGACCAUCUUGCCCUUCAUAGGAAACGCCACAUGCUAGUCUGAAUCACUCUUCCUUCGGCUCUCUUCAUGUCUCCUUUCAUUUUAUUUUUAACCUGUGCAUUUUAAGUUAGAUUCAGCGGGCCUGAAUCUCUGGAUUAAUAGCCUUGAAACCUUCCCUAUGGUCAGUAAGAGAUGUUUGCUUGACCCUUCUUUGCCCAUGCCACGGGUCAGACCUACAGAAUGUGAACAUUUUUUCUUCCUGGGGGUUGCUAAGCAAACCCUUGCUUGCCAGCAAGCAGAUUAAAUUUCUGUGAGACUUAAAGAGAUCUUGUAAUCGAGCUGGCUAGUUUUGCCAUUUAAUUAACCAGCACAUGUUUGAUCAUAGUCACUGUUGUUGGAAAUCCAGCCUGCUAGUCCUUGCCAGAGACUCUGUACCCUGUAAAGGAUGCGUGUCUCCUUUUUAUGCUCAGCAAUGCAACGAAUGGAUCCUUUCCAAUGUGGUUGGUUGUAGAAGCAUGUUCCACAAGACACUUUUUGGAUGUGUUUUUUAAAAAAAAGAAUCCUCAAACUGGGAGUGAAUGGAACAAUUUUUGACUGAUGAGUGGCUGUUUAUCAGCAGAAAUGUUGUCAAUGCAUCAUGUUGUACAUCCUGACCGACAUUGCCUCUCUUUUGUCUGUCGUGUAGAAUGCUAGCUUAUGUUUGCCUGGAUAUAGUGCCUCGGUAGAUUCAUUAAGCAAAGACCUUCUUGUGAUGUAGUUAUCUGUGUUUUGUGUUCAGCUGUAUGAAUGGAACACACACGGUACUCCUAUGAUGUGGCAUUCAGUGAUACCUGCAAUAAUCUACCUCACUGAGGAAGUGUGGUAGUUAUAUUAUUUUCUCAUCACUCCUCUGCAUUUCCUGUUGUCUACACAAGGCCUCUGGUCCUUUCCUUGGCACAGUUCAGAAGCAGCAACCUUUUCAGCAAAAUGAACCUGAACUGCUCAGUGUUUGGAAAUGAUUUUCACCGAAGGCACCGUCCUAUUCGUAAGAUAAGUGAGGAAGACAGCCUCUGAAUUUAAGCACUUCUGUAGAUCUCAAAAUUUGAGUAUCGCAAGUGGAAAAGGUACACUUUGAUCUCUUGUUGCCAUGUUCCACAGAAGAGCUUCAUAAAGUCCCUCAAGUGAUUUGUCAUGCUAGGAGUGGUAAAAUACACAACCAAAAAAAAAAUAGUUCUUUAAAAAUCCAGCAUGUUUGAUAAUAUUCCAUAUCAAAAUUUGAAGGAAAGAAAAAUUACUAUUUUCACCAGUGUGCCUAUGAGCUCUUGUUAGAAUUAUGGGUCAUUUGGCUUUCAUAUUUUAAAAAAUGGAGAUAGAUAGAUAUUGAGGCCAGCAGCAAUAAGGGGAAUGAACAACAGAGGAAAGGAACUCAUAAUGUGCUAGGAAACAUUUUAUCGAAAUCAACUGUUGUAAUCAAAUGCAUUUUGAGUUAACCACCCCUUCAGGGGCAACCUGUUUCAUUCAACACUGUCAAAGUAGUAGUGUGCUUCUGUUUCAUAAACUGUGUUGGGCUUCCAUAGUUCAUUUCUAUAAACUAUUUUCUAGCA